AUGGAGAUUCGCUGCUUUUUGGUGCACUGCGGUAAUCCUUCGGUUGGUUCCCCCUACGUGGACAUACCGCCGCCACCGUCUUCUCACUCUAACAGUGGCCGUGGCCCUGUAAAGUACUUGGGUCGACACUCACCGGAACUUUAUUGGCGCCUUGGAAACAACCCCCGCUAUUCACGGCGAAUGAUGUCGUUGUGGAUGGAAGAGUCCACACCUGAGGAAGUCCCUCUGGCCGCUCGCGUUCAUCCGCAUGUGGCACACCGCUUAACAUUAAAGUGCGUUGGAAAGAAUACGAUUACCGUCUCGCGACGUGCCACCGGAGCUAAUUCCAGUAGCCAGCCGACUAGUGAACGUCGCAUUUUUCUCCAUUGCAAUGAGGCCACCACGCUCCGGGUUGGCGAUAGCGUUGGUGUCGCGCAUAAGGUUUGGAUGCAGGUUGUCCUGGCCCUUGUGUGUGUCAAUGAGGCGGUGAAGGUGCCUGUUGUGGUGCCACAGGCGAUAAGUGGUAGUGAUCCCUGCUUGCCCGCCUGUCGGACACUGUGCAUGCGGCUACAGGAUCCACCUCCACCUCCACCUCCUCUGGUACAUGUGGAUCGAUUGUGGAGGAAGUUGCCCUUCAUCAUUAGGGCCCCGCUGGCACUCUCUGCCUGGGAACACCAGUUGGCCGCAGACUGCAGUGCUGUGAAAGCAGCAACAGCAAUCGCGGAUUUAACAAGUAUGGGACCUACAUCUCUUCUUGUUCCACCUGAAACCGGAGACGGAAUGGAAGAGGAUGCGGCGCUUAGUAACUCUUCGCAAGUAAUUCGGGAUGGUGGGACGACGACGUCGAGCGGUGAAACACGUGGUAAACGCCGAAAACGUACUUCAUCUUCUGGAAGUCAAGGUGUUGAAUCACAAGUGCUCUCGAUGGAUAUGGGGUCUCCGCCAAAGAAGCGUCGGGCCACUCUUGAUGAGGCUGCUAUUAUGAGUAAUACUCCGCCUGCUCCCUUGCCGGAAAACAACACUUAUUAUGAUACUUUUGAUGAGCAGCUAGAUGAUGAACUUCGGGUCUUGGAAUCACGCACAACCAUGGCUAAUCCCCUUAUUGCUGCGGGACCUCCUGUGCCUGAGCUAUUGGGCGAAAGUCCACCAUGUGAAGGACGAUGCGAUGAAACAAGAAAAUGGAUUGGUCGAAGCAAAAUUUCUACUGUGAGCCGAACUCAACUGCGACACAGCAACAAACAACGGGAGAAAGAGUUACAGCUGUUAUCGGGUCAUGGGCAAAGAACAGGUGACGGUAAGCCCUUUGCUGACGAAUCACAGGUGGUGUAUUACCGCCGCUAG